AGGGUUGAGGCGGGGCUCCUCCCCCGCACCCUGGCGUCGAGCGUCUCGUGACAGGUACUUCCGCUCGGGGCGGCGGCGGUGGCGGAAGUGGGAGCGGGCCUGGAGUCUUGGCCAUAAAGCCUGAGGCGGCGGCAGCGGCGGAGUUGGCGGCUUGGAGAGCUCAGGAGAGUUCCCUGGAACCAGAACUUGGACCUUCUCGCUUCUGUCCUCCGUUUAGUCUCCUCCUCCGCGGGAGCCCUCGCGACGCGCCCGGCCCGGAGCCCCCAGCGCAGCGGCCGCGUUUGAAGGAUGACCUCUAGGAAGAAAGUGUUGCUGAAGGUUAUCAUCCUGGGAGAUUCUGGAGUCGGGAAGACAUCACUCAUGAACCAGUAUGUGAAUAAGAAAUUCAGCAAUCAGUACAAAGCCACAAUAGGAGCUGACUUUCUGACCAAGGAGGUGAUGGUGGAUGACAGGCUAGUCACAAUGCAGAUAUGGGACACAGCAGGACAGGAACGGUUCCAGUCUCUCGGUGUGGCCUUCUACAGAGGUGCAGACUGCUGCGUUCUGGUAUUUGAUGUGACUGCCCCCAACACAUUCAAAACCCUAGAUAGCUGGAGAGAUGAGUUUCUCAUCCAGGCCAGUCCCCGAGAUCCUGAAAACUUCCCCUUUGUUGUGUUGGGAAACAAGAUUGACCUCGAAAACAGACAAGUGGCCACAAAGCGGGCACAGGCCUGGUGCUACAGCAAAAACAACAUUCCCUACUUUGAGACCAGUGCCAAGGAGGCCAUCAACGUGGAGCAGGCGUUCCAGACGAUUGCACGGAAUGCACUUAAGCAGGAAACGGAGGUGGAGCUGUACAACGAAUUUCCUGAACCUAUCAAACUGGACAAGAAUGACCGGGCCAAGGCCUCGGCAGAAAGCUGCAGUUGCUGAGGGGGCAGCGAGAGUUGAGCACAGAGUCCUUCACAAACCAAGAACACACGUAGGCCUUCAACACAAUUCCCCUCUCCUCUUCCAAACAAAACAUACAUUGAUCUCUCACAUCCAGCUGCCAAAAGAAAACCCCAUCAAACACAGUUACACCCCACAUAUCUCUCACACACACACACACACACACGCACACACACACACAGAUCUGACGUAAUCAAACUCCAGCCCUUGCCCGUGAUGGCUCCUUGGGGUCUGCCUGCCCACCCACAUGAGCCUGCGAGUAUGGCAGCAGGACAAGCCAGCGGUGGAAGUCAUUCUGAUAUGGAGUUGGCAUUGGAAGCUUAUUCUUUUUGUUCACUGGAGAGAGAGAGAACUGUUUACAGUUAAUCUGUGUCUAAUUAUCUGAUUUUUUUAUUGGUCUUGUGGUCUUUUUACCCCCCCUUUCCUCUCCCUCCUUGAAGGCUACCCCUUGGGAAGGCUGGUGCCCCAUGCCCCAUUACAGGCUCACACCCAGUCUGAUCAGGCUGAGUUUUGUAUGUAUCUAUCUGUUAAUGCUUGUUACUUUUAACUAAUCAGAUCUUUUUACAGUAUCCAUUUAUUAUGUAAUGCUUCUUAGAAAAGAAUCUUAUAGUACAUGUUAAUAUAUGCAACCAAUUAAAAUGUAUAAAUUAGUGUAAGAAAUUCUUGGAUUAUGUGUUUAAGUCCUGUAAUGCAGGCAUGUAAGAUGGAGGGUUGAACCCUGUUUGGAUUGCAGAGUGUUACUCAGAAUUGGGAAAUCCAGCUAGCGGCAGUAUUCUGUACAGUAGACACAAGAAUUAUGUACGCCUUUUAUCAAAGACUUAAGAGCCAAAAAGCUUUUCAUCUCUCCAGGGGGAAAACUGUCUAGUUCCCUUCUGUGUCUAAAUUUUCCAAAAGGUUGAUUUGCAUAAUACAGUGGUAUGUGCAAUGGAUGAAUUGCCGUUAUUUCAAAAAUUAAAAUUCUCAUUUUCUUUCUUUUUUUUCCCCCUGCUCCACACUUCAAAACUCCCCUGUUAGAUCAGCAUUCUACUACAAGAGUGAAAGGAAAACCCUAACAGAUCUGUCCUAGUGAUUUUACCUUUGUUCUAGAAGGCGCUCCUUUCAGGGUUGUGGUAUUCUUAGGUUAGCGGAGCUUUUUCCUCUUUUCCCCACCCAUCUCCCCAAUAUUGCCCAUUAUUAAUUAACCUCUUUCUUUGGUUGGAACCCUGGCAGUUCUGCUCCCUUCCUAGGAUCUGCCCCUGCAUUGUAGCUUGCUUAACGGAGCACUUCUCCUUUUUCCAAAGGUCUACAUUCUAGGGUGUGGGCUGAGUUCUUCUGUAAAGAGAUGAACGCAAUGCCAAUAAAAUUGAACAAGAACAAUGAU